UCAUACCGGAACCGAUACCGAUACGUGAGAAAUAAAUCCCUAUGGGCGGGAGGCCAAACGGAUGCGAGCGAUACGUCUCCAUGAAUGGGCCGUCAACCCCUCCGCGCCGGCGGCGUCAUCCGCUUCAACCCCAAUCUCUUCUCCCCUCCCCCGCCGUCCUCUCCCCCUAAGAGGAUCUCCCUGUACCACCCUUCUCUCCGCCCCCUCCUCUCCUGCCGCUCCCUCCGCGGCCUCCUCCAGGCCCACGCCCACUUCCUCGUUACCGGCCUCCUGCACGACUCCUUCGCCGCCUCCCGCCUCCUCAAGGCCGCAGCUGACUCCGCUGCCGCCCCGCUCUCCUACACCCUCCUCCUCUUCCGCAGCGUCCCCGCCCCCGACGCCUUCUGCGCCAACGUCGUCCUCAAGGCUCUCUCCCUCUCCCUUGACACGCUCCUCGCCCUCCCCUUCUUCGUCGCCAACCUCCGCUCCGGCUUUGCCCCCAACAGUUUCACCUUCCCCGUCCUCUUCUCCGCUUGUGCCCGAGCGUCGUCCCUUGACUCCGGGGAGACUUGCCACGGCCAGGCCGUGAAGCGGGGCGUGGACGCCGUCCUUCAUGUUCGUAAUUCCCUCGUCCACAUGUACGCCACCUGCGGCCUAGUUGGUUGCGCGCGCAUGUUGUUCGAUGAGAUGUCCCACCGAGACACAGUGUCUUGGAACUCCAUGAUCGAUGGGUAUGUCACCUCAGGGGAGUUGAAUUCUGCAAGGGAGCUAUUCGAUGAAAUGCCGGGAAGAAAUGUGGUGUCUUGGAAUGUUAUGAUCGGUGGGUAUGUAAAAGGACGGAACCCCGAAAUGGGAUUGGAGCUCUUCAGGUUGAUGGAUAAGAAGGGGCUGAAGGGGAAUGAUAAGACAAUGGUCAGUGUGGUCACAGCGUGUGGGAGGCUGGGCAAGCUCAAUGGAGGGAGGUCGAUUCAUGCAUAUUAUACUAGGAAUUUUGUAGAUGAUAAUGUGAUAUUUGGCACGGCAUUAGUAGAUAUGUACAGUAGGUGUAGAAGAGUGGACGUUGCAAGAAGGGUGUUCGAAGAGAUGCCGAAGCGGAAUUUGGUCUGCUGGAAUGCGAUGAUCGUUGGACACUGUAUCCAUGGAGAUCCUUUGGACGGGCUUGCAUUGUUUGACAAGAUGGUGGGAGAAGGCUGUGAUACGCAUGAAGAAACUAAUGAUAGCUUCCACCUAGAAACAACAGGAAUCUCACCAGAUGAAGUUACUUUUAUUGGACUCUUAUGUGCGUGCGCCCGCAAAGGCCUACUGACCCAAGGGAAGAAAUAUUUUGAGCAGAUGACCAAGUUGUAUAAUCUCAAACCUACAUUUGCUCAUUAUUGGUGCAUGGCAAACCUCUACGGAGGGCUUGGUCUGGUUGAAGAAGCGGAAGAAGUAUUAAGAGGCAUGCCCGAGGAUGAAGAAUCACUAGCCCUGGGAGGUUUGCUUGGAUUAUGCCGAUUUCGUGGGGAAUUGGAGUUGGGGGAGAGCAUUGCAAAGAGAUUGGUUGAGCUUGAACCUUCAAACGGCUCUCGCUAUUCUUUGUUGCAGAAUAUAUAUGUGGCAGCAGGGAAGUGGGAAGAUGCUCACAAGGUGAAGGAGAUGAUGAGGAACAGAGAAAUAAGAUCAAUGCCUGGUCACAGACUUGUAGAUUUAAAUGAGAUUGUCCACAACUUUAAAAUUGGGGAUAGGUCGAAACCAGAGAUUGAGAAGGUAUACGAGAUGCUGGAUGAUGUGGCUGCCAGACUUAGAAUAAGAGGUGCUACAAUGGACUUGACCGAAAGUGUCCAGCAGUGAAUUCUCAUGCCACCAAGGAUUGGUCAUCUUGUUUUAUCUACCAGCAGUGAGCAUUUGGGUCUUUUAUAACUUAAACCAAAGCUUACUAACAAGAUGCAGAUACUGUGUUAAGCUUGGUUCCGACAACAAUGCCUGAGGAUUUACUAAAAGAAAAUCAUGCUUGAGCCAUCUGAUUGAUAACUUGUAUUCUUUAUCAAAAGAGUUUGACAGUAUUGAUUUUGAAGAAUAUCUUGUCCUACAUUGAAGAGAAGCCCAUCUGGCACGUGUCUUGAUGUUGUGUUAGACUUUGGAUUCAUGCAUGUUUAAGAGUAAACUUGAGAGAAAAGUAGUUCUCCAUGAAUUGGAGUCAAAGCAAAUUUGGCAGAAUCAGAUGGUUGCACCUUUCCAUGUGCCGGUCCUUUUUUUCAGUUUGGGAUCUUCCUCCUCGGUAUGUGAUAUGAUACCACUGAAAAAUUCUGGCAGAAAAUCUUGGGAAGAGUUGAACAUAAUGCUCCUUGUGGUACUCGGAAACUCCACACUCAGCAGAUAAAAUUCAAAAAGCUUGCUGCUGCUCCAAGUCACCAACUUGCUGCAAA